AUGGCUGGAUUUUUCGCUGAAACACCUCUAGAAAUUUGGUCUCUCGAUGGCUUGAGCGUGUGGUGUGCCCUUAAUGUUACAUGCGAUAAGAAAAAACUUUUAGACCGCAUGAAAAAGGCGAUUCAGGAUAUACGUGAUGCUCCCUUCUCAGAUGUUGCCAAAAUGAGGGCCGAUUCACAUUACGGGACUGUUGGUCGUCUGGGUGUUGAACUGUUGUCCUGGAAACUUGCUAAAAAUAAGAGCGAUUAUUUUAAAUCUUUGCAAGAGCUGAGGAAAAUAAAGGACGAGGAAACCAUUCGACUAACGCAGAUAAAAAGUCACGAAACUAUACAGCUUGCGGAGAUAAAGUCAAAAAAUUUGCAAGAACAUACUUCUACAGUAGUGGAUUUCCAUAGGAACAUCGCCAUUGACCUCACUACUAUUAACAAUCGCAAAAGGAAAGAAAUCCCAGCAUAUGAAGAUGAGGAGCUGACACCACCUGAGGAUGACAAUAAAGUCUCAAAAAUAACAAAAAUUGAUCACCAUUUUGUACAUGCUGUUACGCCAUCUCCACUUGACAAAAAUGAACAUGAUACAGAUUUUGAGGCGGAACAGGAUGUGGAUAACAUAUAUUGCCAGGAGCUGUCAUUAGUUGAGACUUCGUUAAAUUUGGCUAUCGGAAGACUUGCUGAAAUUAAAAGUGGUAUUGGGAGAUAUCGGAUUAUAUUUUUACCGGAGGAUAAUGUUCAUAAUCCAAUUAAACGCUUAUUCAAUGAUGAAGAGUGGUCAAUAAUGGAAUCGAAUUGGGAAAAGGUUGAAAAAAGGAUCGCGGACUCGCUUCCCCAGAUUGAUGAAAACGUAAAAUUACUUUUAGAGAAGUACAGCAAAUGUAUAAGAGAUGCCACCAUCAAAUGUUAUGUUGACUUAAAUAAAGUCGAAAGUAUCAUUUGUAAAAGCCCGUUUGAAGAUCAGCAUUUGUAUCUGUUCGAAAGAGACUAUCAUCUUCGAUGGGUACAAUCAGUAUACAAUGCUUUCAUAUUGUGCCUUCAGACACCAUUCAACCCUCUAGGUGAUCCGGAUACAUCUGAAUAUGCGUAUAGAAGUCGAGUUAUAAAUUAUAUUUGGGAAGGACUUUUCUUUGAUUGUAUUUAUCUCCAAUUAGUGGUGAAGUCGAAAAUGUGGACCGAAAAAAAACAACUGGACCUAUCAAGAAAUUUGAAUCAGCGUAAAUCAAGUCUUGGAACUUGGUAUCACGAUGCCGUUCUAGUUAUGAAGGUUGGAAGCAAGUUGGUUCAAAUAGUAUUUGGAGAGGUAAUCGGAAAUGCUUUCAAACGUGAUGACAAGAAAUAUAAUGAUGAUAAAGAAAAAAUGCUUAAAGCUAUGCAAUUGGCUCUUUUUAACCUUCGAAAAUCAUUACCUGAAAAGGCCCUAGGUCUCGAAGAUUUGGAAACUUUUGGAUUACUCGUAUAUAGAAAAGAAUUUCUUUUAUAUUCGAUGCAUUGGGUGGACGGGAUAUAUCUCGUUGAUCAAUUUAAUGGAUUUACGAUUCCCGAUACAUCACUGGAUCUGGAGAAUCUAUCCAAUAUAAUUCAAAUAAUGAUUAAAUUUAAGGACCGUAUCAUGAAAUUGCAGGCCCAUAUGGAAUUUUUAUAUAAAUCGAGCAAAAAUUUUAAACGUGGUGGGUCUCAACGUACAAAUGAUUCUAUUGUCUACGCCACGAAUUUCCCAAUCGAUUCGUUGAAAGAGUUAAAUCUUAAGCUCGUUCUUCAGAUUGAUGAACUUAGAAAAGAGAAUGCUGAAGUUAAGGUCGAGAACACAAGAUUAAAACGAGCUAUAGAAGAAAAUAUCCAAGUACAAAGUAUUAUUUCUUCUGAAAUAAAAGAUGAAUCUAAAGGACUAUUAUUCAUUCUGUUAUUUAUUGAAAGCCAUUGUGAAGAGAAGAAAAACAUCACUCCUGAUUCUUUACCUGAAUUAGAACAUAGCUUGAUGAAAUCUGAAUCUUUAACAAAAAAUGAUAUAUAA